CCGAACCCGAUCCAUCGCCGUCGUCGUCAUCAUCUUCAACUUCUACCUCACCGGAUCAACCGAAGAAGACGCAGCAGACCUCCCAAGCGAUCCGUCACCUGCGGUUCCGGAUGGUCAACCGACUCACGCUCCUGAACACGGUCACGGAGACUUCGCGAAAGUCCAAGAGGAGAAUCCCGGCCAUCGCCCUCACGUUCCCGAUUCGCUGGCGGCCGCCGCUGGGGCCGAUGACGGAAUCGAUGAUGGCGUCGUGCGUCUGGCGCCAGGACAUGCCGCAGUUCGUGACGCGGAUGAUGCGGCGCGAGGUGGGCCAGCGGCUGCGGAAGGCCGCGACACAGUCGAACGACUCGCCGAAGCGGCAGGUCUGGACCUCGGUGCUGCCGCUGGAGGAGGGGGAAGGGGCCGAGCUCGUCGCCGAGGAGGCGCUGGUCGAUGCGCUGGCGAAGAUGGAGCCCAUCGCGCGGAUGGAGACUGGUGCGGUGCUGGUGCUGCGGCGCACCGACUCGCCUCAGCUGCCCCUGUCGAGCUUCUUUCAUCUGCCACAGACGAGUUCCAAGGUGCCCGUGUUCGAUAUGACGCGGCUACUGGCGGAGGAGGAUCUUCUCGCGUGUGGUAAAUUCCAGGGCCAGGCGGCGGUGUUCUUUAGACCGGACGACAAGCCCACGGUCAAUGCGAUGCUGGGCUUGUGGAAGCUGGCGGGGUUGUUGAGAGAUGAUCCGCAUCUUGAUACGCACCGGGACCUUGAGCCCGAAUCCUGAUAAAUCAUGCUUACAUCCGCCGCAACACUACGCACACUGCAACACCAUAUGUAUGUAGCGGAGAUUCACGAAGG